CUCCGCCUCAUCCCACUCGAAACGCCGCCCAAUUUCAGUUUUUUGGGCCUUCAAUUAGAAAGAGAGGAAGGAAGCUUGGGCUCGGAGGACGAGGAGUGUGUUUUGUUCUUCUUCGCAGAGGAAAGAGAGAGAGGGAGGCCUGGCCUGGCCUGGCCAACCAACCAACCAAUCAUCCCUACACCCUACCUCCUUCCACCUAUUCGCGAGCCGAGAGUUGUAGUCCAGACGACGAGUGAGGUGGAUAUCCUCGAUGAAGUAUGGGCAGAAGGUCAUUAAUGAAUGGUCGUCACCAAGGCACCACAGGCUCACAACAACAUUAGCCGAGGUGGAUUCAAUAGUAGAGAGACAGUUGACCCAUAUGGAUCUUUCAGCUUGCGUGGAAGGCAACAUCAGCAGCAGCAGCAGCAGCAUGGGUUCUCGUUCGGAAUGGGCCAACCUGAGGAUGAUGAUGCCAUCGUCAGUUCAUCAUCCUUACUUAGCAGCAGCUCAGCAGCAAAGGCCGUUUAGUGAGAUGGGGUUCAUGUUGUUGUUACCAAAGGGAGAGCCGAAUCAGCAGAUAGGAGACUUGCUUUAGUGGCUGUUGCCAUCUUGUGGGUCGAUUUCAUUGGCCUGCAAAUAUAUAAUCAGUCAUUAGUUUAUGAAGUUCACGUGUUAACAAAAGAUGAAGAAGGAUCUCUUGUAUUUCUAACAAAUUUGUUCAGAGGUGUUACUUUGUUGUUACACAGGAAAGCUGGUUUCCAUUGCAACAAUUAAAAUAAAGGUUGAUCUGCCACACAAAACACUCAUUCGAAGUAAAAAUUAAGUUGUUCA